CUCGACGUGCGCACGACGGUCAUGAUCAAGAACAUCCCGAACAAGCUCAAGGACUACGAGGUCAUGUCGUUCAUCGAGGAGGUCGUCGGUCGCUCGUUCGACUUCUUCUACUUGCGCACCGACUACUCGAAUGACUGCAACGUCGGCUACGGCUUCUGCAACUUCACGUCGACGUCGGCCCUGCUCGCGUUCGCCAAGGCCCGUCUCGGCACGCGCUGGAACCUGUGCGCGUCCGACAAGCUGUGCGUCCUCAGCUACGCCAACAUCCAGGGCAAGGCAUCGCUCAUCAACCACUUCCGCAACUCGUCCGUCCUCGACCAGGCCGAGAGCCGGCGCCCCAAGCUCUUCGUCACGAGCGGGCCUCGCGCCGGUGAGCCCGAGCCCUUCCCAGGUGCGUCCACGCCCUCUCCUGAUGUCAGAUGUCGCCUCUCUCCGAGGGUCACGCCUGACUGCCAGGAUGGGAUCGAGCUCGCAGUUUGCGACGACCCGGUGCGCAAGGCGCGCUCGGCGCUCAACGCCUCGAGCGUCGGGCUCUUCCCGGCGCAGCGGCCCGUCUUCAAGCUCGCGCAGGCGUUCCAGGGCGCCAGCCUCGACGAGCCGUCGUCGUCGGCGUCGGCGUCUUGA